GUGACGUCACGACGCAGCGUAGGCUGCUGACGUGUAGGUAGGGAAGUGGCUGUCGAGCUGUCUUUAGCCGCUAGCUCUUAGCUCAGGCUUUUCAUCAUAAACCGCUGCCAUUGAUUGCCCACAAUGGAAUCAUUUAGAUUAAAACUUGGCUGUCUGAUAAAAUAAUAACGGGAGACAGAACGGGGCAUUUGGACAGGUGUGGUUGGAUGCAGUGGUUUUAAGAAGACGUGUGAGUGAAAAUACAGCACCAACAAUGGGGAAGAGGAGGGUGCCAGACCUGUACAGAGCCCCCUUCCCCUUGUACUCCAUUAAAGUGGACCCUAAAACAGGGCUGGUGAUCACAGCAGGAGGAGGAGGGGCUUCCAAAACAGGCAUAAAGAAUGCUGUGCAAUUCCUGGAUCUGCAGCUAGUUGGAGAGCAACAGUACAGUGCCACUCUCCUUCACUCUCAUGAUACGGACACACGUGCCACCAUGAACAUGGCUGUAGGUAAUGGUGUGAUUGCUGCAGGACAGGAUGGGACCUGCUCUGUGAUGAGCUUUAAACACUGCACACAGAAAGAAGGAAGCACAGCUGCUGCUAAAGAUGGGAACAUUGCACAGCAGGGAGAUACCAGGCGGCGAGCUGGGAAAGGAGACAGAGGUGGACAAGAUGGAGCUGCAGUGUCUGGAGAAACCCCCAAUAUGAAGGAUGAGACAGCUCACAUUUCUGUGGCUGAUUUGGCUGAACUGCAGUCAGACCUGAACCCUCAAGACCCACUCCAGAAGGUGGUCAGGUUCAGUCCUGACUUCACCCUUCUGCUGACAGGAGGCACAGACGGACAUAUCCGAGUCUGGGAGUUUCCAUCCCUGAAGAAGAAGUAUGACUUCAAAGCACAUGAAGGGGAGAUUGAAGACUUGGAUAUGAGUCCAAUGAACAAGCACCUGGUGACUGUUGGCCGGGACUUUGCCUGCAGUGUAUGGAGUGGCAGCCAGUUGGCUAUGGGUCUUAAAUGGCUUGAGACCAUGCCUCAAAUAGCUGAGAAGACAUAUCGAUAUAUGGCUUGCAGGUUUGGAAAGGUGGAAGACCAAAAAGAUGUACUGAGGCUUUACACGGUCCAGAUUCCCCAUAAACGAGACAGAAAACCUCCUCCUUGCUACCUCACCAAGUGGGAUGGCAAGAGCUUCUUGCCCAUGCUGACAGCUCCUUGUGGAACUGAGGUCAUCUCCAGUCUAGCUGUCAGUGACUCUGGAACAUUUCUUGGCCUUGGGACUGUGACAGGAUCUGUGGCCAUCUACAUCACUUUCUCCCUGCAGAAGCUGUAUUAUGUACAGGAGUCCCAUGGCAUUGUUGUGACGGACCUGGCCUUCCUGCCUGAUGUGCUAAAGGGCAAAAAUAUCAAAGGGAAUAAUGAAACAGCCAUGUUGAGUGUAGCUGUGGACAGCCGCUGUCAAGUACAUGCUGUCCCCAACCGAAGAUCCUUUCCUGUCUGGCUCGUGCUGUUCUUCUGUGGCCUCAUGGUAGUGGGAAUCGUCCUUCUCCUUCAAUACCUCUUUCCGGGAUUUAUUUAAAUCAUGCAAGUCUUGUCAUGGUUCAGGGUUGAUGGAGCUUGGACACAUCUUUACAAGACUUAUUUUGCCAAUGUCACCAUCAGCAGUAACAUCCAAACCUCAACCUUCUGCUGCAGCACAGCUCCCAGUUGAACCUGUGAAGGCUCUUCUAGCUGCAGCGCUGUCCCUGAACAGCUUUUAUGACACCCUGACAUCAUCCCACUGGCUCCUACUCAGGGUUGUUCUUUUCAGACCUGUAAACCCAGAAUCAAACCAGGACAGACUGUAGGAUUUUAUCUGCUUUGAUCUCUAUCAAUUAUUCUUAAUCUUUCUUGGAUCCAUGUUGAAGGGCUCAGGUUCAUGAGUGUUUAAAGGGUGGGAUCUUUUUAUUGACAUAUUUAAGGAACAGUACACAAAUAUAUAAAUGGCACAUAAUGUGCCUAAUUUUGGUUCCUUGUUUACACACAUACUUUGAAUUAGCCAUUGUCUUUGAAUAACUACUUUUAGGGUUUUUUGAUGUGUUUUCCACUUUAUCCACUUGUGGGCAGUAGAGACCAGACAGUUAACUGUCCUCUGGUUCAGGACCGCCAGUGAAGAUAAAAUGCUAAGCAUGUUAAAAACAUCUAUUAGUCUCAGCACAUUGAUUUUUUUAAGUAAGACAUGUUUGACAAGUUUAUCUAAGUGUACACGAAGCUGAAAGUAUGUGAAAGUAUAUUGAUUAUUUUUAUUGAUAUUCCUUUAUUUUAUGGAAUACAUUGUCACCUUCAAUUUUAUUUAAACAUUCUGACUACAAAUAUGUUCCCCAACAGAUGAAAAAGAAAUGUGAAUUAAUUUUCUAUAAGACCAAGCCCGUAUUAUUGUAACAUGGCUAAAUGACAGAAGAAAUAAAAUAUUAAUGAAAAAGAUGCCUAAAAAACACUUUUGCUUUUAUCUUCAUAAUCAGAGUCUCUGAUCUGCAAAUACAGUAUGUG